GGCAAUGAGAGGUGUCUCGGCUGGGGGGUUGGGAUGUGCAGGCUGCCCUGGCUCCACCAGGGGUUCAGGGGCAAAAUCCUAAAGUCUGCUGCUCCGUGUUUCUGCCCAGACCUGAUAAUACCCGGAGCAAACCCUUGAACAAUUUACGAGUCGCCUUUCCUCUUCCCCCAUCUCCUGGGAGCCCACAGCCCAUCUCCCGGGCAUGUGAAAGCUGCCGGGAUCUGGCUGGCGGGGCCACACGUGUUUGUCCCCGCCGUGUCACCCGGGAUCGUGCCCGGCCAUGCCUUCGGCACCGCUCCAGUGCCUGUAAAAGCCGCCCAGGGCUGAGCAAACAGCGGCGCCGGGGCAAUGUCUGAGCCCUGCCCCUUGUCCUGCUCCGUGACCCGGGGGAGCUGGGGACACCGGCACUGCCCCUCGCUCUCCCCCUCGUGUCCCGCAGGCUCGGCGGUGGGUGAGGACACGCAGCGAGGUCCCGGGGGACAGCAGAACAUCCUGGUCAGGUCAUGGCAGCCCAGCCUGUCGGGGGCCAGAAGCCCUUCCACGUCGUUUCGCCCGUGCUGGAGAGCCUGCCCCUCUCCAAGGCCGUGGGCACCAAGGUCUUCAUGAAACUGGAGAACGUCCAGCCCUCGGGAUCCUUCAAGAUCCGGGGCAUCGGGCAUCGGUGCCAGGAUGCUGCCAGGAAGGGCUGCCGCCGCUUCGUCAUCUCCUCAGGAGGAAACGCGGGUCUGGCGGCAGCGUACGCGGCCCGGCAGCUGGGGCUGCCCAUCACCGUGGUGCUCCCCAGCAGCAGCGGCCCCACCCCCGCCCGCAAACUGGAGCAACUGGGGGCCACAGUCGAGGUCUAUGGCAAGGUGUGGGAUGAUGCCAACAGGCGAGCCCAGGAGCUGGCUGAGACAGAGGGCUGGGUCAGCAUCCACCCCUUCGAUCACCCCUUGGUGUGGGAGGGCCACGCCAGCCUGGUCCGGGAGCUGAAGGACUCUCUGGAGGCCAAACCAGGCGCCAUCGUGGUGGCGGUGGGUGGCGGGGGGCUGCUGGCCGGUGUCGUGGCCGGCCUGCAGCAGGUGGGCUGGCAGGAUGUCCCCAUCAUCGCCGCCGAGACCCAGGGAGCUCACAGCUUCCACGAGGCGCUCAAAGCCGGCCGGCUCGUCACCCUGCCCGACAUCACCAGCGUGGCCACCUGCCUGGGAGCCAAGACGGUGGCGGCGCGGGCGCUGGAGUGUGCCCGGGAGUGCCAGGUGAUCUCGCAGGUGGUGGAGGACACGGAGGCUGUGCGGGCCGUGGAGCAGUUCCUGGAUGACGAGAGGAUGCUGGUGGAGCCGGCGUGCGGGGCCCCGCUGGCCGUGCUCUACUCGGGCCGGCUGCAGCGGCUGCAGAGCCAGGGGAGGCUGCGGACCCCGCUGGGCUCCGUGCUGCUCGUGGUGUGCGGCGGCAGCAACAUCCACACUGGCCAGCUGCGGGACCUGAAGAGCCAGCUGGGGAUGCAGUGACACCCGGCCCGGGCACGGGAUGUGACAGAGCCCGGCUGCCGCGCUCUGCUCGCUUUCCUUCCCAAAGAACAGAAAUAAAGCCCGGGGACGCGGGGCCGGGCUCCUCACGCAGCCUUUUCCAGCACAAGGCACCCAUGCAGGGAUGGGGAAACUGAGGCAGGGUGGUGCCCGUGCUGAGGGCGGGACUGGGGUCCACACGUCCCACUUUUAUCCUCCCUACAACCAUCCGCCCCCCCUCUCCUCCCUCCCCCUGCUCCUCCCCGGGCUGUUUGGGCUGCAGCUCCCCACCUCAAUUAGCAAACGCUCCCUCUCUGACUAAUUACUUUACUACUGGCUUUAUGCAUUAUUAUUGUAAUGAUUAUUAAUUAAUACAAUCUUCUCCCGUUCCUGCCACAUUGGCUGUGGCCAGACGAGAACACCACUCUUGUUACAGUGAUUUAUCCGCGGGGAUCCCCGGCCGGGUUUAGCACCUGCGGGCUCCGAGGUGCUACCCCUUCCCAGACCCCCGAGGAUCCCUUUUUUUCGGCCCCCAUCCCACUCUUUUCCCCAUUCUCCCUUUCCCCCAGGCUUUCCUGCUCUCCUACAUUUCCAUUCUGCAGCUCUGUGUUUGCUUUUAGCCCUUUGCUGUGGCGCCUCCUGGGGUUUUUCUGUAUCCUCCCAACAUUUCUCCCCUCUCCUUCCUCCCACUCCGGGUGAUGCGGGGUUUUGCUCCUGCUGGUGCUCCCCAGCCCCACCCGGUUCCCCUGUGAGCCUGUGCGCAGGGAGAGAAGCCCCUUGCUGUCCCCAAACCCCUCUCAGCCUCUUUUUUUGAGCAGAAGGGCGUCAGCCCCAGGACCAGCUCACCCCCAUCCCUGCACAAAACCCUUUCCCUGAGCUGGCUGGAACCUCUCCCUGCCCUAAGCCCCCCACCGGCCAGGCCCCCUCCCCAGGUGCUUGGAGGAGGCCAAACCCCCAUAAAUCAAAACUCUGCCACUCCAUCGUGAGCAAUACCUUAUGUAAAAAGGUGUUUCCAGGGAGCACCGAAGGCUGGAGAAUCCUAUUACGAGGCACACUAUUAAUUAUAAGGAGUCAGCCCAGCCUACUCCAGCUAUUUUUUAUCCCAGGUCCAAAACCUGAUUACUUUCCACCUUCUGCAGACCUUCCCAUUCUGGAAAAAUAAAAAGGCAAGAAGGUCAGGAAAAGAAAAAACAAAAAAAGCCAGCAAACAAAAAAAGGAAUAGCGCUGGUGUUUGCCCAACAGCUUUUAAAAAGGAAUUUAUUCCCGCGAUUCUGCUCAGGGGUGGGCCAGGAGCUCACGAUGGUGAUUCCUCAGCACGGUCCCACACAAGGGUCAGUGCUGGUGGUGACAUGGGCGUGACUGUGGGGUUUGGGGUGACUCCCCCAAGCGCCCCAACAGGGAGCUUUUCCCCUCCCUGCCCUCAUGAGGCCUUCGGGUGCCAGCUGGGGGUAUUGGGCUCAUGUCCCCGGCAGGGAUGUGAGGUGUGGGGUGGCUGGGGACACCCCUGGGAGGUGGCACGGCCCCAGCUGGUGACCUCUGGUCGCUCUGCAGCUGGAGACAAGCAGGAAUCCUGAGUGCUGCUGCCUGGCCGGGACCUUUGGGGUGAUGAGCACCCCGGGUUUGGCUCCUGCAGCCAGCCCGGAGCUGCAGAGCUCCUCUGUGCCAGGGGAUUAUUCCUUGGGAUCAUCCCUGCUGUGAUGGCUGUUCCUGCUGAGCCCCAUCCUCCUGCGAGGUGGCAGCUUGGAGCACCAUCCCCAAUCCCUCCUGCAGCCUCUUCUGCCCAGGUCCCCGACAUGGGGGUGUCCCAGCAGCCUAAAAACAACCCCCAGCUCUAUGCCUUGGAUUUUGAAUUAAUAAUAAUGAUGAUAAUAAUAAUAAUAGCAACCAGUGCUCACCCAGUGACUGAGCAUUUCAUUCUCCUCAAAAUGAUGCUGUGAGUGGGCUAUUUACCAGCUCACCAUCCUGUCCUUAUAGGAAGUCCCCAUCACCUGCUAACACCGACAGCCUGGAAGUGCUGCAGCCCAGGGGAGCAGCCGGCUGUGCUCCAGCCUCAGUUUCCCCAUUUGUGAGAAGGGGAGAAGGUGUUUUUUCUGGGGGGUGAGGGGACACCAGUGUGUCCCUGCUGGCUCCCGGCUGAGGGCUCCCUCGGGGCUCAGCCUGCCUCGUUGGCCACCCCGUUAUUAAUGCCAGUAAUGGUAUAGGAAGGAUAAAUUCCACCACUUGGCUGAACAGAGAAAAUAUGCAGAGAAGUGGCUGGCUUUCCAUAAAUCAUCGGUGCUCCGUGCUACAACCGAGCCAGGACUUAAAAUUCAGGUCAGGAGAGAGGGACUCUCGUAAGCCAGCAAGGGAAGGUAAUUUAUUCUGUUUAUAUCGUUUUACUGCAAGACAAGG